AUGGCCUUUUACCGCGACCAGGUGCUCUUAGACGAAUAUAGUAAAAUGAGUACCGGGAAGAAUGAGCCCUCUGGUGAUUUCACAUUAGAUACCCAGGAUUGGGUCCAGGACUCUGACGGCGCCUGGUUUCACUAUCUAUGCAAGAAUGUCAACGUUACUGGCAGCUCCCAGAAGCCGGCGAUAGCAGAGCCCAACUUGAAAGAGGGUAUACCGGUUCUAGAUCAGAGUGACAGCUCAUGGAUUAGAUCAGGUUACUUCCUUCGAUGGGCAGUGGACUCGGCGACUAACCCUGAAAUUACUUUAAUAUGCUUCGAUUCAUCAUUCUAUCUCAAAGAGCGCUUCCAGCAAGUCCCACCGUCGGCAAUCCCAAUGACGGCCAUUCCUGACCCAUACAGUCUCUUUGUCAUUAUUCUUGAGGAGCUAUCUCUGCAGAUGGAUAACGUUGUUUGGAAUGUUAUGAGCGUCUUUAGAGGCGUUGAGCUGGUAAAUCUGGCUCCAACUGUAUCCACGCGAUUGAGACUGACCCUCCCAGAAUACUUUGAUGAUUGCAAAAAGGAGUGA